AGGCAUCUGACUAGUCCGUCCGCAGGGAGGUGUAAUCUGGCUGGGGGAGGAGGAGGAGAGAACCUUAUACCUGUGUCAAUAGGUAACCCAUUGCCAUACACAGCGCAGAGCCACAACAUCAGGGAGUCCAGAACGAGAGAAAUCCCGAUGAAGAUCUAAUGAACCAAAGUCACUGAGUAUUUGGAGACUGGGAUUGUUAACGAGCCAGGGGCACGAUGUAUUACCCGAAUUCACAGAAUGUUCAUCCCCACGGACCUUAUGACAAUCCUGGCUUCCAGCAAGAUUUCAUAUAUUCCAAUAUCUUUGCAUCAGCUCCACCUCCCGAACCCCAAUUCCCUGCCGUGCCGCAUUACAUCCCACAGGUCUCCGCACAUCACACGAUUCCAGCGGCCCAACAAACCAAGCAUCCUGUAUGGGCAGGAAAGAGAAAAAGAAAUAUUCUCAUUGUUACUGCUAUCUGUGUGCUUGUGGUGGCCGCGAUAGUAGCUGCUGUUCUUGCUUGGUAUUUUGUGACGAAUGCAAAUUGCGACAUGAAAUGUGGAUCAUCUUCAAGUUGCGUCCAGUCCUCCAAGUGGUGCGAUGGUAACUACGACUGCCCUUCAGGAGAAGACGAAACUUACUGCGUUCGCCUGUACGGACCAAAUUUUGAGCUGCAAGCCUAUUCCCCCGUCAGGGGCCGGUGGAUUCCUGUUUGCAGUCAGGGCUGGAACAUAAACUUCGGAAAAGCCACCUGCCAGGAGUUGGGGUACAGCACGAGCAGCUAUUUAACAUCGGAAUCUACGGGGUCCGUAUCCACAGGGGCCGGUAGCUUUGCAGUGCUAAAUACAAGUUCUCCAAGCGGCUCAUUGAGAACGAGCUUUUCAGUAAGGGAUAAUUGCCCAACAUCCCGUGGCGUUUCGUUAAGAUGUAUAGAUUGCGGCGUGAGACAAAGUUCAGCUUCUUCCAGUCGGAUAGUAGGUGGAGUCACCGCUCAGCCUGGGAAUUGGCCGUGGCAAGUUGGUCUUUUAAGCAAUUUCAGAUUUACCUGCGGCGGCUCUAUCAUUACCUCUAAGUGGAUCGUCACCGCUGCUCAUUGUGUAGAAGGGAGCAACGCAAACGCCGGAGUAUGGACAGUUUACUACGGAUCGAUAUAUAAAGGCCAGGGCAUUUCUUCAUCUGUGGAAAGAGUUAUUGCGUACCCAGGUUACGAUACAGAAACGAAGCACAACGAUAUCGCUCUGAUGAAACUCCGAUCAGAGAUAACAUUUACUUCGACCGUCAGACCCGUGUGCUUACCCAACGACGGAAUGAUAUGGAGAGCUGCAGAUACCUGUUGGAUUUCUGGGUGGGGAGCUAUGUAUGAAGGAGGAUCAUCAACUGAAAUAUUAAGGGAAGCUUCGGUACGUUUGAUUGACAGAACGGAAUGUAACAAACCCUCCGUAUACAACGGAGCCAUCACUCCUGCAAUGAUCUGCGCUGGUUAUCUUACGGGAGGGAUAGAUACUUGCCAGGGUGACAGUGGAGGUCCUUUGGUCUCCAACACAAACUCACUGUGGUGGCUCGUCGGAGAUACCAGUUGGGGAACCGGAUGUGCCAAUCGUAACAAGCCUGGUGUAUAUGGGAAUGUUACCGUUUUUCUGAGUUGGAUUUAUCAUCAAAUGCAGACCUACAGAUGAUGUCACCAACAAUCCCUUCUUUUGCCCUGGUUUCCUCGUCAAGCAUCAAACAGCCUUAGACUCUUAGGCAGCCAUAUUGGAAUACCGUGGACUCCUCGUCUAUUCCAUACCUCUUCCACAAUGGACCUAUCCCCCACGAGAUCUACCGGAUUUCAAAAUGUGCCCCGCUUGCGUCUGUUUCGAAUGUAAAAAUGCCGAAAUGUAAAUAUAUGUAAAAUAGAAUUUCUUUUUAACCAAAAGUGCCAUUUGCAGUAACUUUGUAACGUUCCACAUAUUAAUUCAUCACAAUGAUUUUAUUUUAAACGGGAGAUUCGGGAGAAAUGUAUUUAUUUUGAUACAAUGUGCGGUCAGGAACAAGAAUGAUUGAUUGAUAUUGGUUAACAAUAAUAAUAUUUCAAUCAUUGGGUGCUAUCUUGGACAUUAGACGUGCAGUAAAAUUAAAGAUUGUGUUCACUGAAGGGAAAGUCCUUGACCAUUUAUUACAUUUUACUCGCGGCAGCGUACAGAACAAAUGCUGGAUGAAGACAAGGGUGAUAUUGUUUACAGCACUGCUGCAAGAUUAACUAAUAAAA